UCUUCUGCCUCCUUAGGAAGCUGCUGGAGGACUGGGUGGCGUCCCGAGGAAGGACCUACAAGAGGCCCCCCAUGCGCCCCGCUGCCCCGAAGCCUCCGAAGGCAAAGUCCAGCCUGAACCUCGCCUUCUGGGGCUCCUUGGAGGAGGAGGAGGAGAAAGAGGAAGCGGAGAAGGAGGAGCAGCACCUGGCCAACGAGAUCACACACACCUUGGCAGAGUGCCGGAAGCUGGCCGAAGAGGGCCUUCCUGAAGAGCAGAUCCUCGCAGCGCUGACCCGCAUCCCGCAAGUGGAGAGGUUUGCCCAGUUCUGGGUCUGCAAAGCCACGCUAGAGGCGCAGAGGGGCUCCUUGGACGUGGCAGGGCUCUACGAAGCCGCCCUCUCCGCUGGGGCCACGCCGCUGCAGGAGCUGCGAGAUGCUGUCACGGGUAUUUUGAAGAAUGUCAAGGCACCGUCCAGGGGUGAGCGUGCCAUGGGAUCCCUUUGCACGAGAGACCCGGAGCCUGUGAGCCCUUCUGGAGUGUGUUUCCCUUCGACCCCUGCAGCCAGCCCUGUUCCAGAGGAAGAUGUGGACCCUCCCCAGACUCCUCAGCAAAGCCCACCGUGGGCUAAGCCCUGCUCGGCCAUCAAGCUCCAGAUCCUUUCCCUGCCCAGGUCCAGCAAGCGAAGCCCUUGGCCAGAGGUGAGACUCCUGACCCCCGUGCGACGGUCCCUGCGCAUUGAAGGCGCCACCGCUUCCUACCCACAGAUGCUGAGGGACCACGACCCUGUCGUCUCCUCCCUGGAGGAAAUCGUGGCCGCAGACCACGGGAGCCAAUUCCUCUUCCGCAGCAACACAGCUCUGCCCAGAGCGGUGAGAGUGGCCGACUUUGUGACUGGACGGGCCACCUGUGGGCACAAUGCCACCCCGGCCACGACGAAAGCAUCAUUGCCACGUUGAGGAGUGUUCACACCACCUCCUUUCCUCCCAGCCUCCUUCUUUCUCUUUCUUUGUAAACAAGACUGGACCCACAGCAUUGUUCUCUGAAGCCCUUUUGGAAACAUGUCCGUCUUUAUUCUUCAAUCCAUCAAUCGGUGUGUUGUCAAAAACUUUCAUGGCCAGAAUCCCUGGGUUGCUGUGAGUUUUCCGUGCUGUCUGGCCAUGUUCCAGAAGCAUUGUCUCCCGACGUAUCGCCCACAUCAGCAACCCAAUCAAUCAGCCUUUAUUACAAGGAGGAAAAGUGCACAGCAGAUUCCUAAACUGAUGAGGCCCACUUAAGAACAGGAUGAGUUCAAUGCUAAAUGCAUACAAACAAGGAAAAAACACUGCAAAUCUAUACAAGGCAAGUUUCAGCCUGGGUUUAAUACAGGAAGUUGUCUUAUCCCGGCUACUUCAGAGAGAAACUUUGCAACAACCAGGGCCACAUGGUGGAAACUAUCACUAGUACAAACCUCACAUGAAAUUGGGCUGAUCAAAUCAGGGGGUAUUAUGAAAUUGUGGUGUUACGUUGGCCGUUUACUGCUACAUUUUGUUUCUGCACUUUGUGUAUUUUGCAUGUUGUAUCUUGAGUGCUCUGUGAGCCGCCCUGAAUCCCUCUGGGAGAUGGUGGCAAGGUACAAAUAAAAUAUUAUUAUUAUUA